AUGUCACUAGCACGCGUCGUUGUUGUAUUUCCUCGCGCCCUGUCACUUGUGAGUCAGGUGCGGAACCCGUCUCGCGCAGUCGUUCUCGCCGCUCGUGCUGCAGUCAACACUGCCCAUACGAGACAUUAUAGUGACGAAAUGUAUAUCACCGAGGAAAGAGGAUCGCCCUAUUCACCCGAUUACCGGGUCUAUUUCAAGGACGAGAGUGGGCCGAUCUCGCCGCUGCACGACAUCCCGCUGUGGGCGGACCGCGAGGCGCGCAUCGCGCACAUGGUGGUGGAGGUGCCGCGCUGGACCAACGCCAAGAUGGAGAUCAGCCUGAGCGAGCCGCUCAACCCCAUCAAGCAGGACGUGAAGAAGGGUGAGCUGCGCUACGUGAGCAACGUGUUCCCGCACCACGGCUACAUCUGGAACUACGGCGCGCUGCCGCAGACGUGGGAGGACCCGCGCCACGUGGACCCGCACACGCGCGCGCGCGGCGACAACGACCCCAUCGACGUGCUGGAGGUGGGGUCGCGCGUGGCGCGGCGCGGCGACGUGCUGCGCGUGCGCGUGCUGGGCGCGCUGGCGCUGCUGGACGAGGGCGAGACGGACUGGAAGCUGCUGGCUGUGGACGAGCGCGACCCGCUGGCGGCGCGCCUGCGCGACGUGCGCGACCUGGAUGCGGCCUGCCCCGGCCUGCUGCGCGCUUCCGUCGAGUGGUUCCGCCUCUACAAGGUGCCCGACGGCAAGCCGCGCAACGAGUUCGCUUUCGACGGCGAGGCCAAGGACGCCGCCUUCGCGCUCAACGUCGUCGACGAGGUGCACGAGUUCUGGAAGGCGCUGGUGUCGGGCGCGGCGGACGCGAAGGGCAUCUGCAACAUGAACGUGUCGGUGUCGGGGUCGGCGGCGCGCGUGGAGCGCGCGGAGGCGGCGCGCGCGCUGGCCGCCGCGCCGGCCGCCGCGCCGCCGCGCCCGCUGCCCGCCGCAGUGGACCGGUGGCACUUCGUGUCGAGCCAG